AAGAGUGAGCUCACACAGCCAGCCAACCAGCUGUGGGCUCUGUUAGCUGGCCCUGUGUUACCCCACCUCUCCCCAGGCCUCUCAAGGAUCUGCCUGGGUGGCCGUGGCAAGGGCGCCUCCAUCUUAGCACCCUUUGGCUCUCUUUGAGUGCAAUACCGCAUCGAGUUAAAGACUGGACUGUGAAUCCAGACUGAUGGAAUCUGUCUCCUAGCUCUGCUACUAACCAGUGGUGUGACUUUGGUUAAGUUAUGUUACCUCCCUGAGCCUCAGUCUCGUCAUCUAUAAGAUGGGGAUAGUACGAGUAGUUACUUCCAUUGUUCUUAUAAAGAUUACGAGAUCAUGUGAAAGUGCUUAACAUGGCACCUAGCACAGUAAGCACUCAGCAUAUCGAUUAUUACUGUCGUACAGUUAGCACUGAUAUCCUCUGAAAUCAGCAGAUUCUGAGAGGGGGAUCUCGCAUCCCCAGUACAUAGGAGGCCAGAGAAUGCACUGCAGGAGUGGGAUGGGCCACCCUCGAGAGUAAAGAAACUGUGUUUCAUUUGUGCCUUGCCGUGAUUAAGAGGGACUGUGAUUUGUUGACUUGUGGGCUAGGAAGCCAGAGUAGGGUGUGACCAAGAAGUCCUAUGGAAAGGGGAAGAGCUGGGAGAACUGGGUCUGUACAGCUACAGUACACAGCUACACAGGAGGUAUACAGGAGGCCACAGGGCAGGAGCAGGUACAGCCCCCUCCAUCCUCCGCUCUGACAGCGAGUUGGCCAAAAAGUAAGGAUGGCCGUAGCCUGCUGUCACAGAGGACAGACUAAGCCCGUGGGGUAUCUGGUGGAGGCAGAUAUCUGCUAGGCGCGAGGAAGGCGCCCUUCGCAGGUAGCAGGAGUGAGCCUCCUCACCCUGGGGCGUGGGUCUGGCCUGGCUGGCCGGGUCUCUGCAGCCCCUGGUAGAGCUGGAGUCUGUGCUUCUCAGUGGGCAAGCUGGCCUCAAGCCUGACCCUCCUGCACUUGAACUUCCACUCUCCCUGUCAUUUUAACACGCUCGCAGGCCCUCUUUCUCAUGGAGGCCAUACUCCACAUCAUAUCAAACAUAUUACAAUGCCCCACAUUCCACAGUAAAAAUAGUCAUAAUAUUUGCUCUAAAAAUGUUUGAAGGAGUUUCUAGAAUUAUGCUCUGGAGAGUAUCUAUAAGGAAUUCUUUUUAAUAUACAUUUGGCUACUACAUCUUGGCAGAUGUCAUGUCUGUGUGGGAAUCCUGGCCGAGUGAGAAAAAUCCAACAUAUAAAUUGUUUUCAAAGGGAGGAACGUUUUUAUGACAUUUUAAUGAAGUAGACAUAAUGUUACACUUUUCAGAUAUGUAAUGAAAUGUUUAUUAAUUUUGACUUUCCUCUUUUCCUGAGGUUUGCAGCUGGUACCUUUUUUUCUAGUCUACAGACAUUUCCUAGGUCCCCUGAAAGUUGGCAGAUCCAGGUGCCAGUACUGGUACUGGUACUGGUUUCGUCGCUAAGUCGUGUCUGACUCUUGUGACUCCAUGAACUGUAGCCUGCCAGGCUUCUGUUUCCAUGGGAUUCUCCAGGCAAGAAUACUGGAGUGGGUUGCCAUUUCCUUCUCCAGGGGAUCUUUCCCACCCAGGAAUCGAACCUGAGUCUCCCGCAUUGCGAGCAGAAUCUUUACUCACUGAGCUACAAGGGAAUCCCUGUGGUGCUGAGCCUACACUAUCUAAAAACUCUAUAAACUCUCCUGGCCCUUGCCAGGCCCAAUAUGGCCCUCUCUGAGGAGGCGCAGUUGCAAGCCCAGAGACCCCAGUGAGACAGGCAAAAUGUGGAGGCCUCAAAACUGGGAGCAACAUCUCAGCAGGGGCCUCUGGAGGGCCCCACAUGUCUACAGAGCCAAGCAGAAGUGGCCCAAGCAUUCCAAGGCUCCCGCACCAACCCCGACACCCUCUGGACUCUCCAGACUUCUCCCAGGCCCCUUGCCCUGUCAGUUCUCUCUGGGUCACCCUGGGAUGCUGGUUAUUUCAUGAACAAACCCUGCAUUGUCUCACCCCAUCCCCCUCUGUUCCUAAAACUAAAAGCUGAAGGGCCUAUAUGGAGGACCUUCAUCUCAUCUCUCUUAGCAGCUCUCUCCAAAUUCAUUUUGGACAAUUUUAUAUUUUAUGUAAAAUGCUAAACAAAUGCAGCUUCAUUUCCCCCCCUUUUCUAGCCAGAUCAUCCCCUCAAGGUCCUCCCACAUGGUCAUCCUGGGGCUGCCCCCGGUGGUUCCUAAUUGCUUGGCACUCUUCCUCAAUGGCUUAUUGACAUUUUUUAGUUUCCAGUCUUGUAGAUUAAAGGUCAGUGUCCUAUGGUCGGGGCUUCCCUGGUGGCUCAAGCAGUAAAGAAUCCACCUGUGAUACAGGAACCACAGGAGACUCGGGUUUGAUCCUUGGGUCGGGAAGAUCCCCUGGAGGAGGACAUUGCAACCCACUCCAGUAUUCUUGCCUGGAGAAUCCCAUGGGCAAAGGAGUCUGGCAGGCUACAGUCCAUGGGGUUGCAAAGAGUCGGAUACCACUGAAGCAACUUAGCAUGCAUACAUGACCUGUGGUCAGACACCAGCUUUACACAGUCUGUGUGCUUGCCUGGUGUCCAGUACAGGCAAGCUUGGUGCCAGAAGGUCUGUCCUGCCUGUCCAUGUGAGCCCCUGCCCCUCGAGCCUCUCAGGAACCCAGUGACCAGAAGGAAGUGGGCAACCCAGGAGGAAGUGGCUGCUGUUUACUGAAAAGAGGAAAUUUGGGCAAUGAACUUGCUCCCACAUGGCCAGCCUCUGGGCAAACCCCGGGGGAACACAGAGCUAGUGACUCAUCCUAGUCCAGUUUCCCUCGCAGGGAACAAGGUGAAAGGCCUCUAAGAAGCACCCAGCCACCCACCGCCUUUUUAAUUCCCAGACCCCAGGGUAUGGAGUUGGCUAAGACCCAAACCUGCCACAGAAGGAGCCCGCAGUCCUGUGGGGAGCCCAGAGAGAAAGUAGACCUUACCACCUGAUAUGCUGUGUGUCCUUUGGCAUGUCUGUGCCCUCUCUGGGCUACAAUUUCCCAUCUGUUCCACGAGGGACUGGAUGGCAAAGUGAUCUGUAAGGGCCCUGCCCACCUGCUCUGAAAUGUAUCAGUAGCAUAAGGCACAGCUGUGAGGGCCUUUGGUCAUUCUCCCUACAGCUCCCCAGACCAGCAGAGGCUCUGUUUUGUUUUUUGAGCCUUCAUGCUCAAAGGCCUCUUGAUUCUUCCAGCUAUUACAACAGACCUGACCCUUGCUUUUAGGACUCUGUCUUAUCUUGCAAGCUUGGCCGCCUGCUCUGGUUAGUGCAAGCCUGACCACUUUGCCUCUCCCCUGGCCCUGCUGGAGAAGCUGUCCUGACACAAAGGGCACCCAUGGAGGCCUUCUGUGCCUGAGGCAGAGAGGACCGGCAGAGAUGGCGCCACUGCUUGGGGCUGGGGGACACAGUGCAGCUUUGGUGGGGCUUUGUUCAACCCAGAGAGCACCUGGAGGAAGUUGGCCUCUAUGGGGAGGAAAUUGGAGUUCAUGGGUCAAGGCUGGGGUACUGCAGCUGUGAAUGGGCUGAGCACCAGAGGGUGUGAGAAGGAACAGGGAGAGGCAGACCAUCUUCAGAGUGGGGCUGAAUUGACCACUGGGAGAUGCCACCGCCACCACCCAGGGAGAGCGCUGGCUGAGUGCUUUCAUACAGCUCAGCGCCACGCCACCUGCCCUGAUAGAGGGUCAGUGGAGAAAUGGAUGAGGCGCUGGAAGCAGUGGCAGUGGGGGAGGGGGCUCCCAAAUAAAGGAGGGGCUGUAUGACAUUGGGUGGAUCUCCCAGCCACCCUGUGCCUCAGUUUCCUCAUCUGUAGAACGGGACAUAAUGACCGCUUUACCUCCUAGAGCUGUUGCGAGGCUUAAACGAGAUAAAUGCAAAAGUGUUUGGCACCGUCCCUGACAAGUGGUAAGGCCUCAGAAUGGUAGCUGAUUUAUUCAACGAACAUCCCCAGCCCCUGCUCUUUGCUUCUGCCUGGUUUUGAGUGAUGCUGAAACUCCGAAAAGGAGUGUGGGGGAGCUUCACAGAGAAGAGCCCCACCAGGGGACCCUGUCAGCCUGGAUUUGCUAUCUCCAGCUUCCAGGAAGCCUUGUUUCCCUACCAAAUUGGCAGGCAAAUCUAACACACCUGUGGUUCUCUUUCCUAGAGGGAAGGCAUCUGGGAUGCCUGCCAAACUCCCAGUCCCAAGGACAAGGGAGCCAGGACUCAGAUAGGUAGAGGCCUGGAUGCACUGGAGGGUGGGGUGGAAGGCUUGCAGGGGCUGGGUGCCAGGCAGCGGAGGUCCACAUAGGCGUUACAGAGCCAUACUGCCCAGGAAGCAGGGGAGGGCUGGAUCCCCGGGAAGACAGUGGGGCUAUAGCUACAGAGGUCCUGUCCUUUCCGGUCACUGUCCUGCUUCUGGGCCUUGCACUGCGCCCAGGACACUGUAAGCCUUUCUGCUUUCCCCAUUCCUUUCCCAAGGGCCCUCUUGCCAUCCCCUUCCCGGGACCCCCUAUCCCUCAGCCAAACUUGAGCUCAGAUUCUUCCUCCCUGCUUACACAAGCCCUGGGACUUCAGCCCUCACUGUGAGGCCCAGUCUGGGAGGUAAGGGCAUUUUAACUGAAAUCUUGAAGGGAUGCUGUUCUAAUGGUAGACGUAUAGACAUCAUCUUGGUUGGGCAAAGGGGUCUCCAAAGGAGUUUAAAAGGUGCUUGUGCAGGGGGUCCAGUGGGUAAGACUCCGCACUCCCAACGCCCAGGGCCCAGCUUCAUUCUUGGUUGAGGAACUGCAUCCUACCUGCUGCAGUGAAGAUUCCAUGAGCCACAACUAAGACCCAGCACAGCCAAAAUAAAUAAAUAAUUAAAAAAAAAAAAAGGUGCUUGUGCAAGCGAAGCAAUAAGGGACCUUGGAGCAGGGGUCCCCAACACCCCCAGGUGGUGCCUGUUAGGAACCCAAGCUGCACAGCAGGAGAACUGUGCCCUGGUGCCAGAAAGGUUGGGGACCGCUGCCUUGGAGGGAAGGCCACUGUCUUGGAAGGAAGGUCCCAGAAGGCAAUCAAGAUGUGAUACUGGGCAGUAAGGAGACCUGGAAGGAGCUAAUUUGCAGAAGCACGGCCUUGAUGGAGAACCCAGGAGAAGGAAGUUUUGAUGAGACAGACAGAGAAUUCUGGGGACUUCCCAGUGGGGAGAUGACUUGGAGCUGGGGCUGAUGAUUAUUGCUUGUGCCCCGUGCCUCCCAGCCUCUCCUCUGCGUUGGAUCAGCUCACGGGAUCCCCAAACCCUGCUAGCAUGUUAAAGAACAAGAUCCGGCUUUGGGCUUAGUUAUUUUGACGUAAUGGUGAACAAAAUCAAUAUCUGAAGAUGUCUGCCUCAGCUGUAACGUGAUAUGAGAAUAUCUGUAAUUUCCAUUGGUGACCAAGUCACAAGUUCUAUGAACACUAAUAAGGUUUGUUCUCCACGCUCGUCACGGAAGGAAAUGCUGAAUUUCAGUUAGAGAUUGGGGAAGAUAAAGAUGUAAUCCACCCCUGUUCCUCCCCCACCUCAACUUAGGAAAUUCCAGUCCUUGCCAGUUUGGGCCUAUGAUUUCCACUGUGACCCCAGUGUAUCCCUGGCUUACAGCUGUGACCGGAAGACAGUUUCACAAGUACAUGAAUCCCUCCAGGAUCCCUUGGCUGGAGUUGACUCCUCUCUGUCAAGGCUGGAAAUUGUUUAUAAAAGUGGUGUUCCCAGUAGCUGACCCUGGGGAUCUUUGCUGUGUGCCUGUGGGCCUAUCCCAUGUAAAGAGCAUGACCUGCAAUAGCUCACUCCAUUGACAGGUGAGGCAAGUAGAUGCCUUGCAGCCCUGUUCACAGAUGUGAGAAAUGAGCCUCAGAGACGGGGAAUAAGCUGUUCAGGUGGAGGUUGCAAGUGUGUGGCAUGCCCUGGCCUUUCCUCUAAGUUGUAUGUAUUACAUACUUGCCAUCGAUCCCUUUAUCUUGAUUUGAGGUGACCGUGGUGAAAUUGUAAUAAUAAUAGUAAUAAUGAAAAUAAUUACCAAUGGGAGGGCCCACUGUAUUUUAGAGUCAUUACAUCAUCAUCAGAGCUGAUCCUAAUAGCUUGUGUUCCAAACUCUGUUCUAAGGACAUAACUCAUCUUACCGUCCAAACAACAGGUCAUGUUCUUGUCCCUGUUUCAAAGAUGACGACACUGAAGGCCAGAAAAAUUAAGUCAUUUCCUCAAGGUCCCAUAGCUGGUCAGCUGAGAUUGGAACCAAGGAAAUAUGACUGCAGCAUCCUCAUUUUUCAGCAGACAGAGCAGCUGCUUGGGGACAAAGCUCUUGGCUCCUUCCUCAUCCGCCUCAGUGACCGGGCCACCGGCUACAUCUUGUCCUACAGGGGCAGUGACCGCUGCCGGCAUUUUGCCAUCAGCCAGCUCCAAAACCGGCGUUGCCUCAUCUCAGGGGACACCCAGAGCCACGGCACGCUGGCGGAACUCGUGCGCCAUUACCAGGAGGUGCAGUUUGAGCCCUUCGGGGAGACCCUGUCUGCUGCCUGCCCCCGGAUGGAGGACAAUGAUCUCUAUGACGCCAUCACCCUGGGCCUCCACCAAACUGAUCCUAUCCUGGAACACCCACCAGAGAAGGCCAGCAGCCCCCUUGCCUCUCCAAAGCACCAGGCCUCCUCCCUCCACAAAAGGAGGAGCUUGGAUGCAAGUCCCCGGAAUCUCUCCGAGGAAGAAAGCAUGGAGGCCCCUGUCAAGGUGCCCCCGCUCCCGGAGAGGAGAGGUUCCCUUCUGAGCAACUCUUUUGGAGGCUCCAACGACAUCAUCUAUGCAGACCUGAGAAAGAUGAACCAGGCCCGGCUAUGCCUGGGCACAGAUAUAUCCAGCCGGCAGAGGCCAGUUCCAGGUGGCAGCCAGGCCUGUUCUCCAGGCAAGGAGGCCCAGAGGAGACCUUCAGACGGAAGCCAGAACAAGCCUGAUGGCCCAGGAGCUGCCCUCUCUGGGGUGAGCCCAGACCAGGGCCCUAGGGUGUCUCCCAUUUCUUGGGGCCUCCUCCUGCCGUCCAGCUCUGAGGCCUCGGGACCCUCAGGGGCUACCUGGAGCCAGGGGUCUCCAAAACUGAGCCGUGGGGCCCAGCCCUGCUCCCAGAGCAGUUGUGCAGACACCUACGAGUCCAUCUGGACAGAAGGCAUCCCCGAGGACGCCAGGGAUGUGCCACGCCGAGAAGACGGCAAUGCCCAUGAGCAGAUUGCAGUCUGCUGGGGGAGCCCGGCCAGGACCCCCUAUCCUGGGAUGGGCCCUACAUACAGCAAGCUUUCAGGGUUCACAGACUGUGGUUAUGAGAGGAUCUCAGAGGUCCCGGAGCUCCCAGAGCCCAGACACACCUAUGAACAAAUCCCAGGAGCAAGUAGCCAGGAGCAAGGAGGCUGGACAGACACACAAAUCCAAGCAGCCAGGAGCAAGGAAGCCGGACGGACACACAAGGUGGGCUCCAGGGUGGGGCGGGGUGGCUGCCAGCCAGCAGAGAGCUACUGGUGAAUGAGGGAACCUGUGGCCCUCAAACACGGGUGGGUCAGGUCAGCACCACACCCAGAACUGCCCAGCCCCGACUUCUGCUUGGAGAAGGUGGAGAGGAAGAGGUUAGAUUUGGAUGUAAGAUAGGAACUUUCAGGCCCUUCUGAAGUCUUUCUCUGGGGCAGGACUCCUGCCACUGCAGGGGUCUCAGAGCCUCAGAGAGGUGGACAAGGACCCUGGCUCCAGGUUUGACUUGCCUUGUCCCUUUUCAUGACUCAGGCACUCCCUACCCAUGUGCCUUUGGGCAAAAUAGUUUCCCAUGCAACUAAGAUCAUCAGAUUCAGCAAGAUAAAAUACAACACACCCAGUUAAUCUGAAUUUCAGAUAAACAAUGAGUAAUGUUUUUUUAGCAUAGUUACCAGUACUGCUAUUAUUCCUUAUUUAUCUGAAGUUCAAACUUAGCUGGGCAUCCUGUACUCUUAUUUAGCAUCUACCCAGGAUCUGGCUCCAUUUCCUCAUCUGUAAAAUGGGCUGGUCCUGUGCUGUGUCCAGGGGUGGCUGCCCAGGAGAUGAUGCUAGCCAUCCCCAUGUGCUCAGGAUACAGCCCAGAGACAGCUGUCAAAGGAUAACUGUUAUUCCUGGGGGUUUCUAAGAAAGGAGAAAGGGGGAAGCAAAGACCAGGAGGAUGGAGGGAGGGGGUCAGAGUUCCCAGGGAGGCAGAGGAGCCCUGCUGAGGGUUCACCCCAGUGUGCUUGCCUGUACCUGGAGCCCAUGAGCCAUGUGACCCCCUCCCCGAGGUGGCAGCCUCAGAUCUCCAGCAUGUGCAGACCUCCUCUCCUGGCCUGAACAGUAAGACCCUGAGCUCGCAGAUGAAAGGCCUUCACCAGAAGCUCUGCCAACUCCCCCCUCGGGGCAAGGUUGUACCCACACACCCCAGGACAGGGAACUCCCCUGGUUCAAGACAGCCUCUGAGAUCCUGACUCUCAGGACCACAGAUCCUGCCUGUGGACAGUCUUUCUAAGAACUACAUAAGCUACAUCCCCCAUCUGCUCCUCCUCCAGCUGCAAAGUCCUUCUGGGUCCUGAAGGCAUCACAUACACCACCCCCCCCAUCCUACCUAGGGCGUGGCUGAGGCAGAGAGGGCUGGGGUGGGGACCCCCGGAGACCCAGUGAAGGAAGGGGGGCGAGAGAGAGCAAGUCCUUCAUCCAAACCAGAGGGCUGGGGUUUCUGGCACUGUGAGGGGCUGUGGAGCAACUAGCCAUCUGCAUUCCAACCUGGUCUUUCUCUGGCC